AUGUACGAGGACCCGAUACCCCACUACCUAGCCUUCGGCAACACCACUGCCACCGCCGCCGCCAAUGGUUACCACGACCAACACCUCCACAGCAGCGGCCCAACAUCCCCCUACGAACAACACCUGAAUGCCGACCAAGAACUCCAACGACUCCACCAACACCAACUCCUGAUCCAACUCCGUCUCGAAGUCAACUCGCUCCGGACCCAGAUCCAACAACUUGAGUUACUAAAACAACAAUUGGUCCAACAACGCGAUUUGAUGUCCCCGGGGGAGUAUGACCAGAUGAUGGACCAGUUCUCGAGGACUUCUGCGUCCUUCAGCAGGAGUAUGCGCAGCGAGAACAUGACCAACUUCAUCACCAACAGUACUGUCAACAACCUCAGCAACAUGGACAGGGUCACCAGAGCUCUCAACAAGGAGCAGGAGGAGCGAUGA